AUGUUGCCGAGCCAGGCUGGGGCCGGGAACGGCGGCGGCGCUGCUGCCGCUGCGCUGGCCCGUGGCUCGGGGCUGGGUCGGUCGCCGGUACCGCGUGGGGCGAACGGUGGCGGGGCGGCGGCAGGGCCGCCCGGGGGCCGCCUGGAACGGGAGGCGCUGUACAGCGGCAGCGAGGGCGACUCGGAGUCGGCGGAGGAGGAGGAGCUGGGCGGCGAGCGGCGCGGCGUGAAGCGGGGCCUGGCCGAGGCGGCGGCGGCGGGGCCCGCGGCAGGAGCGGCGGCGGCUGCCUAUAGCGGCGGCGUCGGCGGGGGCAGCGGGGCCGUGAGCGGCGCCAAGCCUGGGAAGAAGACGCGGGGUCGGGUGAAGAUCAAGAUGGAAUUCAUUGACAACAAGCUACGGCGCUACACCACCUUCAGCAAGAGAAAGACCGGCAUCAUGAAGAAGGCCUACGAGCUCUCCACACUGACCGGCACUCAAGUCCUGCUGCUGGUGGCCAGCGAGACGGGCCAUGUGUAUACGUUUGCCACACGGAAGCUGCAGCCCAUGAUCACCAGCGAGACGGGGAAGGCGCUGAUCCAGACCUGCCUCAACUCCCCAGACUCGCCGCCGCGCUCCGACCCCACCACUGACCAGCGCAUGAGCGCCACGGGCUUCGAGGAGACGGACCUCACCUACCAGGUGUCGGAGUCAGACAGCAGUGGGGAGACCAAGGACACGCUGAAACCUGCGUUCACUGUCACCAACCUGCCGGGGACAACGUCCACCAUCCAGACAGCCCCCACCACCUCGACCUCCAUGCAGGUCAGCAGCGGCCCGUCCUUCCCCAUCACUAACUACCUGGCGCCAGUGUCUGCCAGCAUCAGCCCCAAUGCCGUCACCAGUGCCAACGGGACAGUGCUGAAGACUACUGGAGCCAGUGCAGUGACGUCGGGGGGCCUCAUGCCCAUACCCACAGGCUUCACCCUCAUGUCAGGUGGUACCAUGGCUCAGCAGGUUCCAGUCCAGGCUAUCCAGGUGCAUCAGGCACCGCAGCAAGCAUCUCCCUCUAGUGACAGCAGCACUGACCUUACCCAGACCUCUUCCAGCGGAACAGUGACCCUCCCAGCGACCAUCAUGACGUCGUCUGUGCCAACCACUGGGGGUGGCCACAUGAUGUACCCCAGCCCACACGCGGUGAUGUACGCUCCCACAUCUGGCCUUGCAGACAGUGGACUUGCAGUCCUCAACGCUUUCUCACAGGCACCCUCAGCGAUGCAGGUGUCCCACAGCCAGGUCCAGGAUCAGGGUGGCGUCCCCCAAGUGUUCCUGACAGCCCCAUCAGGCACUGUUCAAAUCCCAGUCUCAGCUGUCCAGCUUCACCAGAUGGCUGUCAUCGGGCAGCAGAGCAGCAGUGGCAGCAGCCUGACAGAGCUGCAGGUGGUCAACUUGGACACCUCGCACAGCGCCAAGAGUGACUGAGAGGCCUCUGCUGCCGGCCUUGUGCCUGUCCCUGGCACGCCACACCAGGGCUGGCAGCAGCAAUUCCUUCUCGUACAGACUGCACCGAUUAUUUAUUGUUGCCUUUUCACGUUUCCUUCAUCCACACAUGCACACACACACACACACACACACACACACACAGACAUGCACCCACACACACACACACACAGGCAUGCGCAUGGGGCCGCAGGACCCACCUGGAGCAGAACUGUGCUGGGGCCGUGCAGGGCUUUGCGGGUGUUUGGAUGCUGCGAUAGCUGUGCUUGUCUCACGCCAGCCAAAGAACCUUUGUCUCUCGAGGGGAGGGUUGCUCUGCGCUGUAAAUAAAUACUGUGGGCCGUUCCCAGCUGGAGGCUCUGGCUCCUUCUGGGGCUCUCUGAGUCACCUUGCCCAUGAGUGUUCGCUCUGCGUGGGGCUCAGCUCAGACCUAGAGCCCAUCCUGUGGGUGCAACUCAGAGCGGAGCAGGAGGAGGCUGUACUGCUGGCCUCAGCAAUGUGCCUUUGUUGGGGGGGUGACACGUUCUGGCUGCAGCAACUCACCCUGGGCUCUGGACAGGGGAGAGUGGCCACCUUGCAUGUGCAUCUCUGGCUGGGCCUGCGCACCCUCCCUCCAGA